AUGCUUUUCGAACUUUUAAUUUUAACUCAGGUCGGCAAGCUCCAACGCUCUUGCAUACGUGACCCUGUUCAUGUCUCUACACGAGUCAGCAAGUAUCAAGCUGUCUCAACCUUACAGCAGUUCAUCUUAUUGGUCCCUCAAGAUGAAUUGGACGCGUAUUUGGUUCAUCUCAUACGAGUUGCGCUUACUCCAACUAUGCCGGCUCCUGGCCUAGAUAUGCUUCGAUUGACGUCAAUCUCAGAGGAGUUGGGCGAUGAUUUAAGAUCCGACUCCAUAAUUGUUUUCACGCGGACACGUCUGGCUAGUAAUCGGCUUUGCCUUCUUUUACGACAGUUUACAACGGCUCCUGUUGUUGCAUUGAACGGAGAUAUGCCGCAAGCCCAGCGAGUGGGCGCCCUAAAUAAGUUCCGGCGUUUUCCUAGAACUGUUCUGGUCGCUACGGAUGUUGCUAGUCGGUAA